AUGGCUCCCGCUUCCUCCAGCAGCCUGUCGGCCAACGACAACAUUCAGCGUUUCCCGGCUCCCAGCCGACCUCUGAGCCCUCUUCCCGAGCACGCUCUCUUCACCGACAAGACGCGAUGCUUCGUCUACGGUCUUCAGCCGCGAGCUGUCCAGGGCAUGCUCGAUUUCGACUUCAUUUGCAAGCGCUCUAAGCCCUCGGUCGCCGGUAUCAUCUACACUUUCGGUGGUCAAUUCGUCAGCAAGAUGUAUUGGGGAACCAGCGAGACUCUGCUGCCCGUCUACCAACAGGUUGAUAAGGCAAUGAGCAAGCACCCCGAUGUCGACGUGGUCGUCAACUUUGCUUCUUCCAGAAGUGUUUACAGCUCCACCAUGGAGCUUAUGGAAAACCCCCAGGUCAAGACCAUUGCUAUUAUUGCUGAGGGUGUCCCUGAGCGACGAGCUCGUGAGAUCGCCCACGUCGCCAAGAAGAAGGGUGUUACCAUUAUCGGACCUGCUACGGUUGGUGGUAUCAAGCCCGGCAGCUUCAAGAUUGGUAACACUGGUGGUAUGAUGGACAACAUUGUUGCCUCCAAGCUUUACCGUAAGGGUUCCGUUGGCUACGUCUCCAAGUCUGGCGGUAUGUCCAACGAGCUCAACAACAUUAUCUCCCAGAAUACCGACGGCGUGUAUGAGGGUAUCGCCAUUGGUGGUGAUAGAUACCCCGGUACCACUUUCAUUGACCAUCUCUUGCGAUACCAGGCCGACCCUGAGUGCAAGAUCCUUGUCUUGCUCGGUGAGGUCGGUGGUGUUGAGGAGUACAAGGUCAUUGAUGCUGUCAAGCAGGGUAUCAUCACCAAGCCCAUCGUCGCCUGGGCCAUUGGCACUUGCGCCAGCAUGUUCAAGACCGAGGUUCAGUUCGGUCACGCUGGUUCUUUCGCCAACUCUCAGCUUGAGACUGCCAAGAUGAAGAACGAGAAGAUGAAGGAGGCUGGCUUCUACGUCCCCGCUACCUUCGAGGAUCUUCCCGCCACUCUCAAGGAAGUGUAUGACAAGCUUGUCUCCCAAGGCACUAUCGUUCCCCAGCCCGAGCCCGUUGUUCCCAAGAUUCCUCUCGACUACUCUUGGGCGCAGGAGCUCGGUCUCAUCCGAAAGCCUGCUGCCUUCAUCUCCACCAUCUCUGAUGACCGUGGCCAGGAGCUUCUCUACGCUGGUAUGCCCAUCUCCGACGUUUUCAAGGAGGAUAUCGGCAUUGGCGGUGUCAUGUCUCUGCUGUGGUUCCGCCGCCGUCUGCCUUCAUACGCUUCCAAGUUCCUCGAGAUGGUUCUUAUGCUCACUGCCGAUCACGGUCCCGCCGUCUCUGGUGCCAUGAACACCAUUAUCACUACACGUGCUGGUAAGGACUUGAUCAGCGCCCUCGUCUCUGGUCUCUUGACCAUUGGCUCCCGAUUUGGUGGUGCCCUCGACGGUGCGGCUGAGGAGUUCACCCGUGCCUUCGACAAGGGUCUCAGCCCCCGUGACUUCGUCGACAGCAUGCGCAAGGCCAACAAGCUCAUCCCCGGUAUUGGACACCGUAUCAAGUCACGAAACAACCCCGAUCUCCGAGUCGAGCUCGUUAAGGAAUACGUUCUCAACAACUUCCCUAGCCACAAGCUCCUUGACUAUGCUCUUGCUGUCGAGACUGUGACCACCUCCAAGAAAGAUAACCUGAUUCUUAACGUUGAUGGUUGCAUUGCUGUCUGCUUCGUCGAUCUUGUCCGCAACUGCGGUGCCUUCUCCGCCGAGGAGGCUGAAGAUUAUCUCAAGAUGGGUGUUCUCAACGGUCUCUUUGUUCUUGGCCGAAGCAUUGGUCUUAUUGCCCAUUUCCUCGACCAGAAGCGUCUGCGUACUGGUCUUUACCGUCAUCCUUGGGAUGACAUCACCUACCUCCUCCCCAACCUUCGGGAGGCUGGAGCCCCUGGCGCUGAGGGCCGGGUGGAAGUUUCUCUGUAA